UAAGAGCGUAAUGUACCGUGCAAAUUAGAUGUUUUAACCACGAGUGCAACUACCAUAUAAAUACUAGACAGAGGCUCUAACUACCAUAAGUCUCUCGCAGUUCUCAGUGAUUACAGUUGACCGCUGACACAAUGAUGAUGAAAUACUUUGUUCUUCUGUGCGUGGCGUCAUUGGCGUUGGCGGAGGAAAAAUACACGGACAAGUACGAUAACAUCGACCUGGACGAGAUUCUGGACAACAAGCGGCUGUUGCAGGCCUACGUUAACUGUAUACUUGACAAGGGCAAGUGCACGCCCGAAGGCAAGGAGCUGAAAGACCACCUAGAAGACGCUCUUCAGACGGGCUGCGAAAAAUGCACCGAGUCGCAGAAGAAAGGAACCGCUAAGGUUAUUGAUCACCUCAUCAAAAAAGAGUUGCCAACCUGGCGAGAACUGACUGCCCGCUUCGACCCCGAAGGAAAAUUCAGGAAGACCUACGAACAGCGUGCGCGUGAGAACGGCAUCACCAUUCCUGAGGAAUAAACAAAACUAUCCGUUUAAUUGCACCCUAGGCACAUUUACAUGGAUGUCUAUUGGCUCUGAUUAAGUCAGAUCUGAAUUCUGGUCCCGUAAAUCCCUUAGAUAAAACUGACAGAUUUUUCUAGACCAUAGACAAUUAGACCAGAAUUCUAUUUUAGCCCAUAUCAUGCGACGUGCAUUUGCAUUUGAUGUGGUAAUAAAACUUAGCAUUAGUCCGGUAUAAAUAGGUACACAUUUCAAAAUUACAUAAAUAUUUUUACUCAUUUUUCUUUAAAUUUUGAGUAGUUACUGUAAUCUUGUCCUAUCAAAGUGUACCUACUGUAUUUGCCAUUUGCAUACAUUUACUAUAAGCACCAAGACUACGAUGAAAAUAAAUGCUUUAUUUCAAAACAUUCAUAUCACACUUUAUAGAUAGGUAUAAUAUAUCAUGAUUUAAAGAUUUUAUAUGCUUUUUAUAAAAAAAAUAUUAAAUGAUAUAGUUUGCCAAGCUUUUUAUUUAAUUUUGCUUUGCAUUUGACUAUUCUUUGUUAUUUAUAAUAUUCAGUCUACAGGUAAUCCUAAUUGCCUGCUUACUCAUGAAAGGAUAAAGGCUUAAACUCGUAUUCAUUUAUAACUGUUCGUCUUAUAACUGAAUUUCAAAAGGAAACAUACGUGUUUCUUUUUUCUAAAGAUAAGAUUUUUUUG